UUUGGCUAAAAUAUUAGAAUUACUAAAAAAUUGUAUAGGAACUUUUUUGUAGAGAAUAAAAUUUGCUAAAAAAAAGUAUUGAAUAAAUUUUUAGCUAAAAUUGUAAAUUUGUAAGUUAUCAGAAUUUAAAAUAAUAAUUGAGUGUGUGGAUAAAAAAAAUUAUCAGAUGAAAUAGAAUAAACGGAAAUGAUAAAUCGAAACGGGAUAUAAUGGAUGAUUGAAAAAUAAUGUUGAUAAAAAUAAAAAAGAUAAAAUAAAAAUAUACGCAUCGAGUCUUGGUCAUCGUUUAUGUUUCUCGCGGGUAUAUAUGUAUUUAAAGAAUAAAAAAGUGGAAUCCCAAGAGACGUUAAGGCUGUUGGUAAAGUAGCCUUAUGUAGGCUGAGUAAAGAAGGUACCGGGAAAGCGCGACAAGAAGCUCUAGGUUCGUGCUGGCACUUGGAUUCAAACAAACGUGCCAUCACCAGAGCAGCAAAUCCAACGGCAACAACUUGACUUGAUCAUCAACUUAAGGUGGAUCAACUUCAUGUACUGAUAUACCUACAAUUCAAGUAAAUAACCUAUACACACAUAUGUACAUAUAUAUAUAUAUAUAUAUAUAUACACAUAGUCUAAAGACAAUGUAAUGUUGCCUGCUGUGUCAAAGAGAAAGAAUAAGAGACGAGAAGACGACACUCCUUGGAAUGACGAUUAAUUUAAAGUGAAACAGGAAUAACUUCUGAUCAAAUUGGCAUCGUAAUUGGUCUCUCCUUUGAUGUAUUACUUUUUUAUUAAUCAAUUUUUUUCAUUACUUCUAUUAUUAUUAUUGUUGACAACCUCAAUUAUCUAAAAAAAAAUUUUUAUAAAAUAAAAUUUAAUUUAAAUUAAAAAUAAAUAUUUUAUUUAAUGGCAUAAUAAAAUGUCUUUAAUACACUUAAAAAGCUCAUUGAGAAACCGGAUUAGAGUUUACUCUAGCAGACGGCAGGACGCUGGAACCAAAGUAGAGGAAAAAGAUCGGCAAUGUAAGGGAGCAGACACGCGUGGGAAAACUGGUGGUGGGAGAUAUGAAACUACUGCACAAUUUAAUUUUAUUUUUCCCUGCAAUGCUUUAUAUAUCUGUAUAGAUAUGUUUGGCGGUAUGUGUAUAUAUAUAUAUAUAUACAUAUAUGUGUUGGUAUGUUUAUGUAUGUGGUAUACUGGUUGAUGCCGAAGCUCAUGAAUAGUCGAGACUCUUGGAAAUCGGAUCAGUGACCCCUGGUGUAUUUUAUACAGAGGAAUAAAAUAAAUAUAGCAAAAAAAACAAAAUUAAAAUUAAAAUAAAAAUAAGCAAAAUAAAAUGAAGCGGUUUAAACAAGGGUGGGAGUGUUGAAAGAGUUUCUUCAAGUGGUUCCUCGGAGGUCAGAGCAUGUAAGUCCAAUUAAUAGUCGGUCAACCGUGAUACUCCGUUAGUCUGGACAAUCAUGCACACACGGCCUCAAUUAAUCCUUGGACGUACCAAGUAAUACAAACUUCUUAUUUUCCAAUUAGGCUGCUCGUUACAAUGUUACAAUAAAUAAUAAUAAUUAUUAUUAUUGUUGAAUUUUAAAUCUAAAUCGAAAAUGAAAUUAAUGGUUUUAAAAUUCAUUUAACUUUAAGAUACUUGAUACUCCAUAUGUAUACUACAUAUUUAUGUAUCUCGAAGAGUAUCGAGACAUUUAAACAGAUGUGAUGGACAAUGUAGAGUAGUCUGAACAAAUAUGGACAGUGCACUUAUAUGCACGGAGCACAAUACCGGGGAUCGAAUAAGAACAGUCAUCAAAAGCGGAAUCUCAAGAGUUGAAGUACAGGACGUGUGUCCUCGAUCUCUCUGUACUCAAACAGUACCGGGUUUACUUCUUUAGUCGCGUUUGACGAAGAAAAUGAAAUUAAAGAGCAUUGCGGGUGCACCGGAUGGAGAAGAAGAACAAAAACGCUGUCCCGCUUCUUUUCCGAGAUGUCUGUAUAUGCUCGGUAGGUGUCGAGGUCAUCGGCCAGUGUUACUACAGUUGUGCUAUGGGUCAAAAUUUUGAAGAUCCAUACUAUAAAUUAAGAAUGAAAGAGCAAGCGGCCAGAAUCACAAAUAACCUUAGAAAACAACCUCAAUCUACAACAAAAUUGGUAGAGCCGACAACAGAAGCAAUGGAAACGACAACAAAAGCAAUGAAAACGACAAAAAAAGCCAUGGAAACGACAACAAAAUCAUACGAAUCAACGACGAAUUCUGAUAAUCUUAAAAAUUUAGAAAAUUCCAAUAACCCCAGCACAUCUGAAUUUUGUCUAAGAGAAAAAUUGCCUUGUUUCCCCUCUAAUGAUAAGUGUUGCCCUGGAUUUACAUGCUCACAACUGACAUUGGUGAUGAAUCCUGCCGGACUUUGUGUACCAGAAAAUUAUAAAAAGCUAAUUCUCCAAGGGAUGGCUGAAGUUUCGAAAGAAGUCCCCAUGAAUUAUUGGGACAUGUACAAAAGUAUCAAGACCAAAUUUUUUUAAUUAAUUAGUCUCUUUCUAUAUAAUAUAUAUAAGUUGUAAAAUACGAUUAAAAGUUUGUUUAGUCAGGUCCGCUGAUCUAUGCGUCUAUGGAAACUUAAUUGAACUUCUUACGUUUUAGGCUUGACCUUAAGCGUUAAUAAAAAUUAAAUUAUCUGCAUACAUCGACUCUCUAACCUAACAUAUGAAAUUAAUUUAA